GAAGCGCAAACAAGGAAGCGCAAACUAAUUUAGAGCGGACUUUGACCGACACAGUUCUAUCAUCGUUCAUCGCUCUACAUUUUCACAUUUAAAUAUAGUGGAAGUAUUGUAGUAUUAAAAAUGGAGAGCAAACUGGGGGCUACUCGGAGGGAGGUGGAAGAGGUGAAGGACAUCAUGCUGGACAAUAUAAAUAAAGAAGAUGAGCGGAAAGAAAAAGUGGAGGAUCUCGAACAGCGUGCCGCACAGUUACUGAAUAAAGCACAGUCAUUCAGGAAAUUGACCAAGCAGGUGAAACAGAAGAAGCAGAAGGAGAAUCUGAAGAGCAAAGCUGGACUGAUAGCUGUGGUGACACUGCUGGCGGUGGUGAUCAUCAUCGUGGUUGCUGUCAUGCUUAGCCGCAACAGUCAAUCCAAUGGCACCUUCACUACAGAACAUCCAUAGCAUUCUGCCAUGGAUUAGUACAUUGAGGACAAGCAGAAUGUUGUUUCUGUCAUUGAUGCUUCAGGGUGGUAACAGAAUUGGGUGGUGGGGUAGUGUUUGGCUUUGAUACUGUCUGCUCAUCAGGAAGUGAUGAGGUGGAAUUACUAGCAUACAGAUUCGUUUGAUUUAUGAAUUGCUGCACUGAAAAAACCCAAAUAUAACAAAGUGUUCAGGGUUCCUUUCUUUUUUAGGGAGGUGGACAAAGGAGCAUACAUUGUAAAAAGCAGAUAGGCUUAUAACACUCCAUUGUAGAAUCCUGAUGUAUAGAAACUCUCUGAUUCAAUCUUGCAAUUUUUCACAGGUGCAGGAAGCACAAUUAACAGCAAGAAGAUGAAAUACUACGUUUUGACUUUUAUAAGAUAAUUCUGUAUUUCUCUUUAACUGGAUUAUUACAAUAAUUCUGAAAAUUCUUUUAUGUUACAUUAAGGGUUCCUGGGCUUUUAAACUAAGAGUUGAAAUGGACCCCAUGAGCUCUGUAAAGUUAACAUUAAAACUAAUUGAGCUGAGUGUUUAUAUUUUGGGAAGUUACAUUUACAUCUUGUUUAAGAGCUAUAUUUGUUAAUAUUUAUUAGGCUAAAUCAGUCUACAAAGGCUUGUUCAUGCAAAUAAAGAUGAACGUUUCCCCUCCAGUUUGGAGCACAAUUAGAACAUUUCUAAUACAGAUCAAGUGACCCCAAUUUAAAUUAAAUGAACCUUGAUGUCAGAGUGAGUUUGGCAAAAAUGCCUAUAAUGCCAAAUUGGUUUUGAUAAAUUGAUAAACUUCAAGAACUUGUGCAACAACAAUUUUUAUGCUGAAUUAAAAAUGUAUUGUUUCACAGUGUCAGGUCUGCAGCCUCCAGUGUGCCUCCUGAAGACUACAUUCCCCAUAAUACUCUUGUGUUCCCAAUCCACAGUCUAUUUAUUUUACUCAUGUCUCCUAUUCCCUAAUAUGUCUGUGUGUUUAAGCUCCUCAGUUUGUAUUGUUCUUUGUGAAAGUCUUGCUCUACCUAGCAUUUGUGUUUCCAGUGCAUUUCUGUGUAGUUUUGGCAUGCCUCUAGCCUGCCCCAUUGUUUAUUAUA